CUUUUCCUUCUCAUAAUGAGAUUCGAGAAAUAGGCGGGACUUCCUGUGUUCGCCCCUGUGUUUACUUUUUUUUUUUUUUUCAGAGCCAAAUAUCGUCCAUAGAGGUCUCCCAUUCGCAGAACAUAUUGCAUCAUGCCAGACCUCUUAGUGAUUAAGAGCUGCUUCCUGAGUUGUUUAUUAGUACUGCUUCAGACAUCAAGCUCACAGCAGGACGAGCAAAGCCAGCUGCUACUGGUGUCCUUUGAUGGCUUCCGCUGGGACUAUGUGAAUCGAGUACCCACACCCAAUUUCCGUGCCCUGAUGGAUGAGGGUGUGCAGGUGGAACAAGUGGAGAACACCUACAUCACCAAGACCUACCCAAACCACUACACCUUAGUGACAGGAUUACACGCCGAAUCCCACGGCAUUGUUGCUAACGAAAUGUAUGACCCCAUUCACAACCGCUCCUUUUCCAUGGAGGGACCUGAAGUGUACGAUGCAUGGUGGUGGGAGGAGGCUGUGCCGUUGUGGGUCACCAAUCAGAAGGCUGGGAGGAAGAGCGGAGCUGCCAUGUGGCCUGGAUCAGAUGUAGGGAUUGGUGGAACGUAUCCAACACAUUAUUUGAGUUAUAAUGCAUCAAUGCCAUUCGAGACCCGAGUCGAGAAACUCAUUGACUGGUUCUCAGGACCAGAGGCCAUCAGUUUUGGUGUCUUGUAUUGGGAGGAGCCAGAUGAGAGUGGGCAUAACUUGGGGCCGGAGAGCCCACUAAUGGAUGUAGUCAUAGCAGACAUCGAUGAAAAGUUGGGAUUCCUCAGGGGAGAGCUCAAAACCGCUGGCCUUUAUGACAAAGUCAAUCUCAUUGUUACGAGUGAUCAUGGAAUGACACAGUUAUCACAUGAUAAGAUUAUUGAGCUGGACACCUACGUCAGCCGCGAUCUUUACACAUGGAUAGACAAGAGCCCUGUAGUUGGCAUUUUGCCAAAAGAAGGCAAACUUGAAGAGGUCUACAGUUUGUUGAAGAACGCCAAUCCUAACAUGGAUGUGUAUAAAAAGGAGGAGAUCCCAGAUCAUUUCCACUACAGACACAAUGUCAGGAUCAUGCCUCUGAUCUUAGAGGUCAAAGAGGGCUGGACGGUCAUGCAGAACAGAAACGGAUCUUUUAUGUUGGGAAACCAUGGUUAUAACAACAGCCUUCCCAGCAUGCACCCUGUGUUUGUCGCCCGUGGACCGGCUUUCCGCUGCGACUACACCAAGGCCUCCAUGCGCUCUGUUGAUCUCUAUCCUCUCAUGUGCAGCAUUCUUGGUCUCAAGCCCCUACCUAACAAUGGCUCUUUGUCAAGUGUGCUGGAUCUCUUAGUGGAGACAUCAACCCCAAAGCCAGUGGUUCCACCCGUGCCCAGAGAGCAUUCCAGUGCGUGGGCCGUGGGAUCCGUCCUGGGCGUUGCCCUGGUGAUCGGGUUCCUCUUCAUCUUUGUGCAACAGGUGACACAGCGGCAGCAUCUGCCAAUGCGUCUGUCCAAUAGUGAGAUAACACAGCCUCUACUGUAGGGUCAAACACAAGAGUUGUCUGCACUUUUCUCAUUUGAGGUUCUCAAAGUAUGUAGCACUGAUUAUUUCUCCAGUGCCACAUCUCAGUUCAUUCUAAAAUAAUUCUGAUAACACUUUUUAAGCAGCCAGCAUGGUCGCUUGAAUUCAAAAGCGAUCAAUAUCCACGGUAACGUGCCAAAGCCGAAUAUUCCAAAAGCAAUAUGGGGAAAGAUGCUACAGUGGAAAAAGGUUGUGCAAUCAUCAAAAUCAUAGCUGACUAAGCCAAUAGUGCCCUCUUCUGGUGAAGCUGUCAGUGAUACCUUUAUUCUACAUAGUCAUCAAAAGAAAAAAAAAGUUAGCAUCACCAUGCUUUUCCUUUCAAUUUGAAUCUGAUAUUUAUUUAAUAAAAGAGAUUUGCCCUAUUCUCUUGGAUUUGCAUUAAAUGAAUAUUCCGGGUUCAAACUGAUACCAUUUGUGGCAUAAUGUUAAUUAUCACAAAAAUUCAUUUCCACAUGGCAUGCAGGAAAAAAGUAGGCUAAAUCGUGCGCAUGAUUUACUAUUUCAUUCCCUCGAUUUAUAAAUUGUACCCAAGAUUUACUAAUUCGUUCCCUCGAUUUGCUAAAUCGUGUACACGAUUUAUAAAUCGAGAGCACGAAUUAGUAAAUUGUGUGCAUGAUUUAUUUAUUUAUUUCUUGCAUGUCAUGUGUGGGGCUCCAUACAUUUCCUUGUCCCACUUAUUAUUUAAAAAUAAAUAAAUAAAUAAAAUCAAAUAAGAUCUGGGAUACCUUAAAAUAGUCUGUGUAAUAACUGUGCCAAUUCAUAAACAUUAAAAUACUCAAUGUUUCAAUAGUAUAGACACAGGUGGCAAAUAUAAUGAAUAUUAACAUGAUUUUGGUGAGAAAGAUUACUUUCAGUUUUUUUUUUUGGUACAUUUAUUUAGAGUUUUACAUUUUUUCCCAUGCCAAUGCAAUGCUGUUUACAGCCAAAUUAAUAUGCCAACUCUUAUAGUAUAAAAAAAAAAAAAAAAACUUUUUAGUGAUUUUAUAAUAUAGUAAGCGUCACAUUUCUGCUUUUAAAUCCUCAAAAAAAAGCCCUAUUUAUUUAUUUAUUUAUUUUUUC